AUGAAGGUGCUCGAUGACGACGGCAGCGGCUACGUCUCUUGGAUGAUUGCAGCUGAGCAGUGGGUUUUGUCGAGUGGUCCCAAGCCAGCAGUGGUGAGCAUGAGUAUCACGGGCGAUGGCAACAGCCAGAAUGAGAAGGCCUCAAUCGACGCGCUGGUGGCGGCUGGAGUGACCGUGGUGGUGGCCGCAGGGAACCAGAACAGUGACGCGUGUGGCUACAAUCCGGCUUGGAUCCCUUCGGCGAUCACGGUGGGCUCUUAUGCGACGGGAGGGGCCAAGUCCGGUUUUAGCAACUACGGUUCCUGCGUCGACGCUUGGGCUCCGGGCUCGGGCAUCCUAUCGACGUACUACACGAGCGACACCUCGACGAAGUCGAUGUCGGGCACGUCCAUGGCCUGUCCGCACGUCUCCGGGCUCGCGGCCAUCAUGUACGAGCUGAACCCAACGGCGGCAUCCAUGACUUCCACGCAGAGGGAGGCCCUCCUGAGCGUUGGUCAGCGCACCGACUACGUCACAGGCCUCACGGCGAGCGACAACAACUUCGUGUUUUUGGCACCGACUUCUGUCCCGACGCCCAGCCCGUCGCCAGACGGGGCUGGUGCCGUCGGUGACCCGCACCUGCAAAAUAUUCAUGGUGAUCGGUUCGACUUGAUGCAGGCAGGCAGCCAUGUUCUGAUUCACAUCCCACGCGGAAUGAGCGUUGCAAACGCGUUGCUUCACGUCUCGGCCGUUGCAUCUCGAUUGGGAGGACAUUGUGCGGAUAUGUACUUCCAACACGUGAACGUUACGGGGUCUUGGGCAGAUGCAGCACAUCCAGGAGGGUACCAUUACAGCGCAUUGCAAACUGAGGUCAAGACUCCGCAAUGGGUUGCCCUGGGUAAGGUUGAGCUGAAAGUCGUUCACGGACGCACGGGCAAAGGCCUGAAAUAUCUUAACAUGUACGUGAAGCACUUAGGGCGAACAGGAUUUGUUGUCGGAGGUCUCCUGGGAGAAGACGACCAUGCGGACGUCAUUCGUCCGGAUGAGGCGUGUUCCAAGCAAGUGUCUCUUGAGGUCAAUACGGAUGGCCAGGGUUCGUCCAGCGCGUCGUUUGCGGUUGCAAUGCCUGAGUGA